CCUCGACAACGCCGCGUCCCUCCGCCAGCAUGGGCCAAGAUUUCGAUAUCGCGGCCCCUCACUCGAGGCUAUACAUGCGCGGAAGCAGGUUCGGCGAAAUUCUUUUCGAUGGGUCGAUGGACUCACUCGUGGACCUGCUCGCCGUCCCUGUCCGACCGGUCCUCUCCCCUAUUUCCGGCCGCGGCGCCUCUACAUCAGCAGAGGCCCGAGAUACCCACGUGGGAGAACAUCCAAAGCGCAAAGCCGAUGGCGAAGUUCAUGCCGACUGCCCUCGACACCACAAGCUGGCCAAAGUAAAGAGCAGCGGCCGAGAGGGUGAAGCCAACGCCGAUCGUCCCGUCACCAUCUCCCAUCUUCCUGUAGAAAUCCUCCUAGAGAUUUUUGCCCAAGUCGAACUCGUCCCGGACCUCGUCUGCCUCGGCCUGGCAAAUCGGCGCCUUUGGGCCAUCGCUCGAGAAUGCCUCCAUGAUUAUUACCAGUCCUUCCUGCGUCAAUGGGCAGGUAAACGUAUCGUCUGUGUGGGAGAAUACACCAAACCCGGCGACUACCCCCCGGGACUAUUCUCGGAAGAGGAGGUACAGGAACUAGGUCAAACGACACUCGGCCAGCUAUAUAAUGGCCAACUGUGUGACGACCUCGAGUACAUAGAUCCUAACGAGCCGGUCACCCUUGCCCACUUCACCUGGGACUACGUUUCCGGCAUAGAAAGGAGCUAUGGUCAUGAUUUGUACCUCGAGUCGACAAAUAUAUUCAUUGCUUGCCAAGAACGAGACCCCCGUGACCCUGGAUUAAAGUUGGCAUGUAAGGACAUCCGGAUCCCCGAUACGGACUUCUACCCCAAGGACCAACGGUGGAUUCUUAGAAACUUGACAACGAAGGAGUUUGUCCGCUCGGAAUCCAUUGCGAUCAAGCCAGAGCUUAUCUACGGCCCUACCAUCUAUGGUAUAGGCUUUGGCGAAGUGCUCUUGUCGCGCAUCUGCUGGUCAUCAGAUGAUUUCCUCGCAAUGGACCCGAAAAUCUCAUCACGGAUCUACAGGGGAGUGUGGGCCGGGCACCGCUUCGAUAUUACCACCGUUACGAAGCAUAGAGACGAGACGGAGGGAGAGCCCUGGAGCGAUGUGAGCGAGGAAGUGGCAAAGGAGAUUGCGGAGAUCUGGGAGAGCGAAUUCGGUCCCAAAUGGCGUGAGGUCGUCUGCAAAGAGGCGAGGGGGGGGCCAUGGUAACACCCGCGAGGGCCUGUUUCACCCAAGCAGGAGAGUCUCAUCCUCAUGUAACG